GCAACAACAUUCCACACGCAUCAAUGGUCCAAGCGUCGGUGGUUUUCUUCGCCGAUUUUCAUCUGAGCAACAGCUAGGUACCAGAAGAAUGGUCGAAACUACAAUCAAUUGGGAUCGGAGUGGAUGAAAUUAUCGCUGCCGUGUAGGAGAACUAACACCGAUUGGUAAAAGUAAGAAAAUUAUGGGUAUCUAUGAACAGCGACGUGUCGAUUGGCUCGAAAGGUUAGAUCGUGCCAGCGGAAUCACGACGGUGCUGCAUAUUUGUCAGGAAAUAUGCAAUUUGGUAGCGGAACGUAAGACAGGUGAUCCGCCUUCGGCGGAGGAAAUCCUGCCGGGUUCUGCGGAAUGGGGUGCCCGGCUGUAUCUGAACAAUGAGCUGCUCGUGCGGUUGAAGUUUAUCUCCGAGAGCCCUCGCAGUACGUUCGUGCAGCGGAGGAUUAUCGCCAAAUCGCUGUACAAAAUCUACGCCGAAAACUUCCGUAACUGUCGGAUGGUGUUUCCCGUGGGAGGAAUUUUACCAUCCGGAGGAAGCGGUCCGGCCGAUGAUGCGGUUGCCAUCUAUGGCAUGGUUUUUUCGGGCUUUCUGGUGCAGUACAGUGAGGAGGAUUUGAGUGUUGUUGUCCGACGGAAUUUGGAGCUCUUUCAGGCGAUGGGUUGCUAUACGAGACACUUCAGUACGGUGGUGGAUAACUUGUUGGUACUGCAGCGGAUGGAUCAGUAUGAAAAAUUGUUUGCUGAGCGGUGGGAGAAGAUUUGGUUCAUUGUGCUACUUAAUUUGGAAUCGCCUUUUCGGGGAGUUCGGGAGAAUAUGCUUUGCGUGCUGAAGAAUUUGAUCGACGAUUACAAGCUUACCCGGUCGGUGGUUCUGCCGACGAUUCUACGCUGGAGCUGGCUGAACAGGAAUAAGUUUCACCUGCUGAUUGCUCUGCUGGGAAAGUAUCAGCUUAGGCAUUUGGAGGAGAUGGCCGGAGAAAAGAUCGACCUGUAUCCAGCGCUAGCGCUGUCUCUACACUACAAACAUUUGUUUUCAGGCAGUCAAGGUAUCGUGCGUAUCCUGCAAAAACAGCAGGAUGAAGAUCUGUACGAGCUGGAGGUUAAAAUCCUGCAGGAGGCUAAUAUCGAAUUGGUUCGAACCAUGAUUAAGCAGUGGUUCUCCAAUCUGACGGCGGGUGAUUUAAAGGAAUUGUUCCGUCUGAUGCAGCUCGAUCAGCUGAGAGUUGGAGAAAAUCGAAAACUCAUACCAGAAUACCUCAAAAAGAACAAUUUCGUAAAGUUCUUUCAGUAUAUGCACCUCUUUCGGCGUGAGUUUCAAACCUGUAAAGAUCUCAACAUUCUGCUUGUAUUAAUGCUGCAAAUAGCAACGGAAGCGGAUCUGGAUCCCAUUCCUAUGUCUCUACUAGUAGAAACUUUGGUUCAUCAUAUCACAACACCUAACACGAGCAUCCAUCCAUCCACGAGUGUGUUCUACAUUUUUAAGCUUAAAGAGUACAUCCUGCAGCGGAUGGGAACUCCCUCCGUUAACCUGUGCAACACCUUUGUGGCACAGUGCACAAAACUGCUCAACUACAUCGCAUCCCUCUCGCUGGAACGCUACGAACCGAAUGAGGACGCUUACGGGAUUGUAUCGGAGCUGAUGGGUUCGACCGUAUUUCACCAGUAUUUGCAGAAGCAGUCCGCGAAAAAUUAUCACGCCGUCAUCACCAGUUUGCGAAUGUUCCAAGCAUUUGCUUCUCUAUUUCUCGAAUUCACACCCGAAUCACCCUACCGACUGCAGGAAAAACCGAUCACCACAACGGAUGCCGGCGGAACCGCACUAAGCUACCUCCUUCCAAUGGAAGCGGACACCUUUUAUGAUAUGAUCUACACCGUGGAGCAUCUGCUAACGUCCGACUUCGAGGACGUACGAUUGAUCGCCCUCAAGUUGCUGUACAACAAAAAUUCCGCUUAUCACUUCGGACCAGCGUUGCAGGGUAAACUAUCGCUAAUCUAUUCCUAUCGGACCUCAUCCGCUAUUCUGGAAGCGAUGACAAGCUUCUUCGACGAAUCCCACACCGCUCUGGCAACGUCACUACGUGACCACGAUCGCGACCUGUUCGCGAUGAUGCGUAACGACUAUCAGCUGUAUCAGCAAAUCGACGGCAUUACGGAGGCUUUCUUUGGCUAUCGGGAAUCUCGCACCCUCAGGGUGCUAGAAGGAAUUCGUUCCUUCAAUGGGAUGCUGCUGUUGGUUAACCGAGCGGUCGAAUUUGUGCUGCGUUCGUUUAACUGCGCCAAAGGACCCAAGGAGGCGCACCUGGUCGGUUCGAGUUUCGAAAUAAUGGACAACAGCUUGCAGCUGCUGUUGGAUCGAUCGGCACAACGCUCCACAAAUCUCGCAGCGGACAAAAAGACGAUGCUGAAAAUGCUCUGGAUGGCACUCCGAUCGGCUGGUUGCUUCGCAGAAAACUUCGCCUCCUGGGUGCUGGACAAUUAUCGCCUACGGCUGGACACCAUUCAGCAACUGUCAAUAUGCCUCCGGCUGUUUGUGAUGAUUGCGCUAAACUGCUGCCACCGGGGUGCGAUCGAAGCUACCGGCGUUUGCUUUGGGAAAGUGAUUCGAAAAAUUGCCAACCUCAAAGAGCGGCUAGUGGUUCGGAACGAUUACCGCAAUCGACAGGCCCGAGCGGUAGUGGAUUUAGCGGAGCGCAUGUUCCGGGCACUGAUUCGUCUCAACGUACAAGACGAUGAUUUCCGGCGCUGCCGGGGCUAUCUCUGGUUGAUACAUAAUUUUAUAAAAAACGAUACCUACAUGAACGCGGAACGAUCGUACCUGAAAAUUUACAUCGAUGAGCAGCGGCUUCCGCUGAGCAACCAACAUCACCAGCAGCAGCAACCGAUAGGGGCGGAAGCGAUGGCCAGAAUUACCGUUUUACAAUUGCAUCAAUUGAACCUACUGGUGCGGGAGGCUUCGAUGAACGAAACCAUGCUCGAGUACAUUGACGAUCUGAUGAUGAUCGCGCUGGAGCGAUUCAAAUCAACCGAAUGGCCAACACGGAACGCUGCCCUGCAGCUGUACGCGUCCAUCGUGACGAAGCUGGUCGGCCAGCGCCAGCAGUGUUCCGAUCCAAAGUGUGACUGGCUACCGGUGUAUGUGUCUCUCAACGAGCUAAUUCACAAGCUGGUUAAAUCCAACAGAUACAUCCUACGGGAGCUUCGCGCUGGUGGCGAUCAACCGGAAACCCCUUUCCUGAUACUGGUGCUAGAGUUUCUCUCGAAGGUGGAAUAUCGACCGUAUGCAGUUCCGGGUCAGAAAACGAUUGUUCUCGAAUAUCGUGCGAUGAUGUGGCGCUAUCUGAGCCACGAGAACGAUCAGGUUCGGCGACUAGCGGCAACCUGUUUUGCCCAGCUGCACGAUCCCUACGAGGACAUGGGAAGGCUGAUGGAGAAUUUGAUCAUAUGCUUCUAUACGGCACGCGGGAAUGAAAACUUCCGCCAUGGGCUCCUGCAGGCGAUACAUUUUAUGGUGCGGAAGUAUGUGACGAAUGCGCGCUUCAUGGGUGAAUCGUUUGUGAAGGAGGAGUACCUGGCACGGGUGCGACAGCUGUUGGUUCGCUAUUGCCCACUGGAUGACGGGAAGGUGGCCAGCUAUCGACUGCGGUGUCAUCUGUUGGAUCUGCUGCUGUAUUUGGGCUUUGAUAAGAUGGAUCCGCUUGUGACGGCGCAGGUUUUCGGAAAGUUAACCGCAACCUGUUUCGGGUUGAAUGUGUUUCUGAUGCGAACUAACGCGCUGUAUAAUAAGGGCCAGCCGGUGGAGACACGCAGCGAAGGGCUGAUGGAGUACGAGGUUGUUAUCGAUGGAAUGGAGAAGGACGAUGAGGUGGAGGGAGAAUAGUUUGUAAUAAAAGGGUGAAAUUGUAAAGUUUGUAUUAAUUUUCUAAAAAC